AUGAAGUGGCUUCUCACCGCCGCCCUGGCUGUUUCCUCCGCAGCGGCCACGGACCUCAUCGUCCCCCUAUACCAGUACCCCCUCGACAACGGCGCAGUCUGGCAGCCCAUCUACGACGCCCUGACGAGCAACCAAAACCUGAUCACCAAGAUCAUCGUCAACCCCGACAGCGGACCGGGCGGUCCGGCCAACGGAAUCAACGACGGCUGGUACAAGACCGGAGCCCAGAACCUCGCGUCCCACGCCAACGCGCAACUGUUCGGCUACGUGCACACGUCCAUCGACGGCGGCCUGACGCGCUGCAGCGCACCCUACGAGACCGUCGUGGCUAACAUCACGCGGUGGUCGGACUGGGUGGCGGCCGGGGUCGCCAUCCAAGGCAUCUUCAUCGACGAGGCGCCGGCGAGCACGGCCAACGACUGCGUGGCGUACAUGCGCAACCUGACCGAGUUCAUCCGCACCGACACCAGCCUGCGCUUCCCGGGCCGCCUCGUCAUCUACAACCCCGGCGGCACCGGCGACCUGCGGCCCUUCUACGACCUCAAGCCCACCCUCAUCCUCGCGCUCGAGACGUGCUUCGUCGCCGCGUCCACCGACCCCAACUACGACGGCUGCUCUGGGACUUACGAGCGCUACGACCACGCCGGCUUCGGCUCCUCCAUCGACACCGUGCUGCUGCCGAGCAUUGGUGCCGCCAACGCCCCCGCCACUGCCGUUGUUGUCCACGGCUUCCACGGCUCGAACGGUGACCCUGCGAAUCUUGUUGCCGACGCCAACACGCUCGCCGGCGUGAUCCAGGCGGCCGUGGCGCGCAAUAUCGGCGCCGUCUUUUUCAACACAGCGUGGUACCAGAAGUUCUCGGAUGCGCCGGCGACGAUUGGUGCCGUGGCGAGCUUGUUGAGAGCUGCGAAUGCGGCAGCUUGA